GCUGCCUGGCACUGAGCGCUGCCGCGGCUGCAGUUCACACUGGUAUUGAUCGCUUCCCAGCGCGCGGGGCCGUCGGAACCGGGCUGGCGCUGCUGCCGGGCUGUGGCUGGGCAGGGACUUGAGGAAACUUGUGGGGGGAGGAGAGCGCGAGCCGGGGGGGGGGGCGCGCUGCGGUCUCUCCCUGCUGCUGCUGCUGGGAGGAGGAAGGUUUGGGCUCCGCUGAGGAGGAGAAGCAGCCGCCGCCGCCAGAAAGGAAGAGGCAGGAGAGAGGCAUUUGGAGCCCCCUAAAGUGCCCCCCGCCCCUGCACGGCAGGCGACAUUUCCAGCUUCAUGGGCAAAGUGUGGAAACAGCAGAUGUACCCCCAGUACACCACCUACUACUACCCCCAGUAUCUGCAGGCUAAGAAGCCUUGUCUUCCUGGUGGGGCAUGCCUGGCUGACCAGGCUUCACAUGCAGCGUAUGCUGCCAAGAGGCUAUCCCACCAUACGGGAUCCUUCGGCUGCUUACCAACAGCAGUUCUCCAGACCACUGGUACCAUCUCAAAGGGACACUAGGAUUGUUCAGUCCUCUCCUCCAGAACCAGCUGCCUCACAAAAAGCAGUUAUACUUCCACCACCUUCCAUGGCCAACAAUUUUCAGCAAUUGCAAGACCUCAUAAAGAGAAUAGCUGUCAUUCUUCAGAUUCCACUAGAAAAGGUCAGGGAUUCACAACACGAGAUAUUGGCUGUCCUACAGUCAAUAACACACUUGAGGGUGGCAUACCCAUCAGCGAGGCACUCCUGGAUCCAAGUAAAACUGUGUGGCAAACACCUGCUACUAUUCCAUCAGCAUGCAAAGGAGCGGAUUAAAAAGUAUUACGUUCCCCCUAAGGACUCUGAUUUCUUGUUUUCCUACCUUCUACCUAAUUCCCCUCUGGGGAAACUGCUUAGAAGUCCCCUGAAGUGGACCCACCCACAGGGACACUACUCAGAGAAAGAGAGGAGUUAUUCAUCUUAUGCAGUAACUGCAUUUCUUCAAGGUGUGUCCCCCUUUGGGUGUUCCACAACCCAUCCUCCUUCCCCUCUGCUUUGAACUGCUCUCUGUGGACAUUCAGCAGGAGAAGGAACUGAGGGCAGUUUGCUUACACAUUCUUAUAUAGGUGCCUGGCACAAGGAGGCAUAGGGACACAUGUAUGAGUCGAAUGGGCACUGCGAGAGGAAAAGUCUCUGAUACAGGGCUCAAAGUUGCAUGUGCACUGGAGGUGGUGCACCCAUAGGGGGGUACAUCUUGAAGAACUGCAGUUAUUGCACAAGCUGAGUAACCUCUUCUUGCUGUGGAGUCCAUUCUUUCAAAGUUCCUGACCUUGUGUGAGCUCAGUUCUAAUGUUGCACUUUAUUAACAUCAUUGUUGCUUUUGUAAAGAUAUACAUUAUAUAUAAUGUAUUUCAGUACUAAUUUAUUUUGUUUUUGAAAUGCACUCAUUUUAUCUGAGUAUUUGAGCCUGUAAAAUGGCUGAAUGGAACAUCUUCAAACCACUCCACCCAACUACACCCCUGCCCCACCCCCCAAAAAAUAAUUGGGGGUGAGGGGAUGACACCUCCCAGCUAGAAUAACCCUGAAUUAUUAGCUCUACAAAGACUCCCUCUACCCCCGAAAGUUUUAAAUCACUGAAAUUAAUGGUUCAGCAUCAAGUGUAAUCUCAGCCAUAAAUAUAUAUGUAUGCAUUGUCGCAAGAAUAAGUUAGUCAUAAAGCUUCAUGUGCACAGUUCAGAAUCAAAGUGACUAAUUUGGUGUUCAAAUACUGCCUGCCAUACGUACAGGAGUAGUCUCAUUGACGUCCAGGGGAAUACUUGUGUUAGUAAAGUAAUUGGGAUUUGUCCCCAAAUUAGGAUUAUGGUUUUUUAUAAGAAGUCCAUUCCAUUAACAAAUUGGACUGAUGACACCAGUGCCCAAGUCUGUAGUUUGCUUAUUCAGUUAAAGGAGAAAGUGUGUUUCAGCAGGAGUCCUAUUUCUGACUAGUAAGCAAAAGUUUUGUGUAUGAAAGAUACUUAAUUCAGUCACAAAUUAUUGGUCUUAAUGCAGGAGUUACAGGCUCUCGGAUUUCACCUAGUAUUAUGCAGGAGGUCUAAUUAUGUGAUCACAAGGGCCUUAAAAGUUAUGAACCUAUAUGUUUCAUUAACUCCUUUUCCCCCUUGAUGUCUCCUUUCCAAAUAUUGAAUGGGCCCAACACUACAUAGUUUAUGAAACCAAUGCAAUCAGAGCUACUCAGACUCACAGUUUAUUCUCUUCUGGAUCCAGCCCCUGGUCUUUCAAUUUCAAGGUAACAUGGCUGCCGUAAUCAUUUACUUAUUUGGGAUGCACUUGUAAAUCAUUAUUAGAGUUUGUUAUAAACAUUAAGAAUUCAGUAGUUACACAGGUUGACAUGUUGCAAAGAUAGGAUUAUUGCUAUAGGAAAAUGAAGUUGAGCAAUUCUUAUCUGGUAUACCAGGACCAAGUUCUUUAGAGUUUACGUACAUGGGAAGUGACUAUAAUAAUGCAACUACAGCUGAGUGAAUAAUUCUCACUUAGCAGCUAACCACUUAUGGAAUAUCUGCAAGCAGAUCCCCUUUACUAUAUUUGGCAAAUACAGUCUUGAAUUUUCCUCUACAGUCUAGGGCCCCAUCAAUGAUUUCCUGUCCUGUUUAGGGGCAGGAUUUUUAAGCAGUGCUGAUGUACCAACGAAUAGAGCACCACUGGUAAAAAUACAGAUGAGGCAGGCUCAGUGGCCACUUCGAGCAGUUUUAUUUUUUUGCAUCUGUUUGACAGGAGUCUGGUGCCAAGACAGGGAGGGAGAAGUGGAGAUGGAGUGAAGUGUCCUCCCACCCCACAACAGAACACUGUUUCAGGCAGGUGCUCGGCUCAUGUGCACCAGCUGUGAUGCCAGCAAUAGCGUUAGUAUCCUGGCCAGCUGCCUGCACAUGUGUUAGUAAAGUGGUUGCUGUUGUGGCACUCUGUGAUUAUAGUGGAUCUGUAUAAUAACUAUUAUAGUGUCAGUAUUUAGUACUAAUAGGACCAGAUUCACAUCUAGCGUAAAACAGUAUAGCUCCAUUAACUUAGUAGAGCUACAUCAGUUUACAUCAGCUGAGGAUCUUGACCCUCUAGUGCUUUACCUACAUUAAAUAAUAUUGAGAAAAGUUUUUAGAUCUAUCUUUAUUCUUCUCCUUUUGAAGUAGACCAUGUUCAGGAAUGGCUAUGAAAAUGAUUGAUUAUACUAUCAUACAUCCCAUCCCUGUAGCCUUUCACGGUGCUGUUUUCCUUAUUGACUUAAGCAUGCAGUGAAGAGCAGUGUCCUGCUUUUGAUGAACGUUCAUAAUUCUGUUUCAGAUCCAGAUCUCUUAAUGUGAAGGAUACGUUAAUCAUUCUGGACUAAGUGUAUGCCAACAUUUUAGUUUUAAGACAAGGCAGUUUCAGUUAUUUUGAGCUCCAAACAUCUGAACAAUGUUCUUAACAGCUUAAAACCAUUUUUAUACUCGGAUAAGUAACAAAUGUCUGUUUCAUCAUCACGCUUUCAAAAAAAAGUUAUCUCUGGGCUCAGGCAAAAACUGAAGUUUCAGGCCCAAAGGCAAAUUGUUGGGAAUAAGUUAAGGCAGUGGUUCUCAACCUUUCUGGACGACUGUAUCCCUUUCAGGAGUCUGACUUGUCUUGAGUACCCCUACUUUCACCUCACUUAAAAACUACUUGCUUACAGAAUCAGACAUAAAAAUACAAAAGUGUCACGAACAGCACACUAUUACUAAAAAAUUGCUUACUUUCUUAUUUUAGCAUAUAAUUAUAAAAUCUAGCCAUUGGAAUAUAGGUAUUGUACUUACAUUUCAAUGUGAUACUGAGCCUGUUUUGCAUUUUUGAGCCUUGUCUGAAGCCCAAGCUCUGCUGCCUGGGGCUGAAGCAUGUAACUUCGCUUCGGGUAUGGCCUGGGGCAGUUACCCUGCUUGCCACCUCCUAAUGCCAGCCCUCCAUUUGCAAACCCCCUAAACCUGUCCUAUGACCACCCUUGAGGCUGCAAGCACCAGGUCGAGAAACACUGAUCUAGAUGAAUUGAGUACUCCCUGGAAGACCUCUGAGUAUAUGUACCACUGGUUGAGACCCACUGAGUUAUGGGUUUAGUUUUGGAUGUGCCACCUCUACCAUCACUGUAUAAUUGCCAUAACUUCUGAUUUCAAGAAUAACAGGAAGUGUAGUGUAAAACACAAUUGUAAUAUGACAGUGAGAACUGCAGAAUGGAAGAUGUCACUGAUAAAGGAAAUUAUUCUCCACAAUUCUGAUGUAUGUUGAUUCUGAUAAGGGACAAGCUCUUGCUAAAAAUACGUCCACAUAUAAUCAUUUUUCAUGUGGAUUUGCAAAUGUUUUUUAAAUUCAAAUUUAAUCGUUUCCCUGUGUUGCAGGUUUAUUUUUAUGCUAUUUUUUUUUUCAAACAAGGCACUGUUGCCACAUGUUGUACUUUCAUGGGUUCAUGUAUGUUGAUAUGUUCAUGCCCUGUGAGCAUUUUUGCCUUCCACUCAUGAUGGUCAGUCACAGGAAAAACAUUUGGUACAAUUCAACUGUGACUCUGUUUGGGAGAUAUGAAUAUCAAAUGUAUUUACUACCUUUAAAUUAGCGUAUACAUGUCAAUUUAAAGUCUGUUUGAUAUAAAGAGCUUGAUUUUUAAGGUCACUAAGAAUCUUUUGCACCAUUAUUUCCCUAUAAUGGGUCUGAUUCUAAGAUUGCCAAGAAUCCUCUGUGCCACUCUAGCUGCCUGAAGGGGACAUAAAGCUGGUUUAACAGGCCAGGUGGGGCUUCCCUCAGCAUGCUUAUGUUGGCUCUGUGCCACCCCCCUUUGAAGCUGCUGGGGUAAGGUGCUCAGCUGGGGAAAGGGUGCUAAGUGAUUUUCUGCUACUAGAAUGGCCACUGACAGUAGGGUGCAAAUUGCACUGGAGGCUUAAUCAGACCUCUGCUGGACCUAGAAUUGAGUGGCCUAAAGGUGAUGUGAAGUCAUCUUUGUUUCUCCCUUUGGGGCAUGCACUAAGCACAGUUUGGCCAGACCUCAGAAUGUGGCCAACUGUAUUAACAUUUUUUGACAUUACAACAGCUCUCAUACCCAACCUAGGAACUGUUAACUCCUGAUGUUCGAAGCCUAAGGCUCCUGUCUAAUCCGUCUUCCCUACGAGUCCACUUUCCAUCCCCAACCUUGUCAGGACCUGAUUUUUCUCAGUGUCCUUUGCCCAGGACAUUGCAACAACUCCAGCUCCUUCUUCAGAAACUGCUUGGACCUAGACAUAAGUGCAGGUAUUGGCAGUCCAUUCCUAUUGCACUAGUUUAAACCUACUGGGGAACCCCACCAGCAGUUACUCCUACAGGAGGGGUGUCAUCUUUGGGGCAUUAGUAGAGUCCUCUGGACAAGCACACUUUGACCACCAGUGCUUUUUAACUUGUUCUAGGUGUAGAGCUUGGAAAGUAUAAAACUAGACUGGGAGUGUUUUUUGCUUUGGUUCUGUUUGUAAAAUAUUGUUGGCUUUUAUGUCCAUUUUAGGUGAGUGUAUUCCCAUGUGUUUUGCAUUGAGUAAAAGCUGGUAUAUUACAUUUUAUGUUGGUGACUUUAGAAAGUUUGUCUUUGUGCUUAAUAUGUUCUGCAGUCUAGACUGGUGACUUGAAGAUGUGAAAAUUACCAAAAGGUUUUAAAAGGUUGUGCGCAUGCAGAUUAAUUGCAUUUCACAGUAUACUUGCCACUUCUAUAAUGAUUUCAAUAAUUUGUCUUGAUGAAUGGAAGAGUUGCUUCUAAACUGUGGACCCCGACCAUCAAUUUUAUUCUUAUUGAUGUAGUGCAAGGGAGAGUAAGCCCCCUGACUAUGCUUUGCCAUAACACUUCUCAUUUUUUCAGCUGGUAGUCACUAAUGACUUGAUUUUUCAAAAGUGCCGAGCACUCUCAAAUUCUGUUGAAGUCAGUUGGGGCUGAAGAUGCUUAACAGCUCUGAAUAUCGGACCAUAAGGCUUUUUGCUGAUAUCAGGAGCAUAACUGCUCUGGUGGGCCACUGCAUGUAGUCGUGUACCAGUGUCCUUGAGCUAGCUAACAUCAAACAAAAAUAAAGCCACCUUCUGAUCCUGAGUGUCUCUGGAUUAAGUUUAGAAGUGUGUGCAACAAGAGUGAUGUAGUGGUGGGAGUCUGCUAUAGACCACCGGACCAGGGGGAUGAGGUAGAUGAGGCUUUCUUCCGGCAGCUCACGGAAGCUACUGGAUCGCAUGCCCUGAUUCUCAUGGGUGACUUUAAUUUUCCUGAUAUCUGCUGGGAGAGCAAUACAGCGGUGCAUAGACAAUUCAGGAAGUUUUUGGAAAGCGUAGGGGACAAUUUCCUGGCGCAAGUGCUAGAGGAGCCAACUAGGGGGGGCGCUUUUCUUGACCUGCUGCUCACAAACCGGGUAGAAUUAGUGGGGGAAGCAAAAGUGGAUGGGAAUCUGGGAGGCAGUGACCAUGAGUUGGUUGAGUUCAGGAUCCUGACGCAGGGAAGAAAGGUAAGCAGCAGGAUACGGACCCUGGACUUCAGGAAAGCAGACUUCGACUCCCUCAGGGAACGGAUGGCCAGGAUCCCCUGGAGGACUAACUUGAAGGGGAAAGGAGUCCAGGAGAGCUGGCUGUAUUUCAAGGAAUCCCUGUUGAGGUUACAGGGACAAACCAUCCCAAUGAGUCGAAAGAAUAGUAAAUAUGGCAGGCGACCAGCUUGGCUUAAUGGUGAAAUCCUAGCGGAUCUUAAACAUAAAAAAGAAGCUUACAAGAAGUGGAAGGUUGGACAUAUGACCAGGGAAGAGUAUAAAAAUAUUGCUCGGGCAUGUAGGAAUGAUAUCAGGAGGGCCAAAUCGCACCUGGAGCUGCAGCUAGCCAGAGAUGUUAAGAGAAACAAGAAGGGUUUCUUCAGGUAUGUUGGCAACAAGAAGAAAGCCAAGGAAAGUGUGGGCCCCUUACUGAAUGAGGGAGGCAACCUAGUGACAGAGGAUGUGGAAAAAGCUAAUGUACUCAAUGCUUUUUUUGCCUCUGUUUUCACUAACAAGGUCAGCUCCCAGACUGCUGCUCUGGGCAUCACAAAAUGGGGAAGAGAUGGCCAGCCCUCUGUGGAGAUAGAGGUGGUUAGGGACUAUUUAGAAAAGCUGGACGUGCACAAGUCCAUGGGGCCGGACGAGUUGCAUCCGAGAGUGCUGAAGGAAUUGGCGGCUGUGAUUGCAGAGCCAUUGGCCAUUAUCUUUGAAAACUCGUGGCGCACCGGGGAAGUCCCGGAUGACUGGAAAAAGGCUAACGUAGUGCCAAUCUUUAAAAAAGGGAAGAAGGAGGAUCCUGGGAACUACAGGCCAGUCAGCCUCACCUCAGUCCCUGGAAAAAUCAUGGAGCAGGUCCUCAAAGAAUCAAUCCUGAAGCACUUGCAUGAGAGGAAAGUGAUCAGGAACAGCCAGCAUGGAUUCACCAAGGGAAGGUCAUGCCUGACUAAUCUAAUCGCCUUCUAUGAUGAGAUUACUGGUUCUGUGGAUGAAGGGAAAGCAGUGGAUGUAUUGUUUCUUGACUUUAGCAAAGCUUUUGACACGGUCUCCCACAGUAUUCUUGUCAGCAAGUUAAGGAAGUAUGGGCUGGAAGAAUGCACUAUAAGGUGAGUAGAAAGCUGGCUAGAUUGUCGGGCUCAACGGGUAGUUAUCAAUGGCUCCAUGUCUAGUUGGCAGCCGGUAUCAAGUGGAGUGCCCCUGGGGCCGGUUUUGUUCAAUAUCUUCAUAAAUGAUCUGGAGGAUGGUGUGGAUUGCACUCUCAGCAAAUUUGCGGAUGAUACUAAACUGGGAGGAGUGGUAGAUACGCUGGAGGGGAGGGAUAGAAUACAGAAGGACCUAGACAAAUUGGAGGAUUGGGCCAAAAGAAAUCUGAUGAGGUUCAAUAAGGAUAAGUGCAGGGUCCUGCACUUAGGACGGAAGAACCCAAUUCACAGCUACAGACUAGGGACCGAAUGGCUAGGCAGCAGUUCUGCGGAAAAGGACCUAGGGGUGACAGUG